AUGAGCGCGAGCGGCCCGGCGGCUCCCGGGGACGGCCCCGCGCUGCCGCCGCCGCCUCCCGGACCAGGCCUGGGGCCCGCACCGCUCGCGCCCGCCGCCGCCGUCGCCCGGGACGCCAUGGACGGGCGAGCCGAGCCGCCCGCCUUCUCUCGGUCCGGAGCCCCGCCGCUGGCGGCCAGCGACACGGUGCCCGCGGCGCCCGAGGGAGCCGGGGCCGCCCGCGCCGCCCCGCCGCCGCGCCCCACCUCCUUCUCGGUGCUGGACAUCCUGGACCCCAACAAGUUCAACAGCAGAAGACGCCGCUGCGUCCUGCUGGGCCCCGUGCCGCCUGCCGCGUGCGCCUCGGCCCCGUGCGCCCUCGUCCCCGCCGCCCCGGGGCGCCCACCGCGCGCAGAGGAGCUGGGGCACCGCGCCCUCGCCGCCGCCGGAGGAGCGGGAGCCGCCGCCGGAGCGGAGCCGCCUCACGCCGGCGACCCCUACCAGGCGGACGAGGCCGAGCCCAACGACUACAGCAGCGGCGGCGGCCGCAGCCCGAGCGCGGACAGCGGGGACGAGGCGCCCGACGAGGACGAGGACGGGGACAGGGCGCCCGAAGCAGGGGCGGCGCCCGGAGCGGAGGAGGCCCGAGGAGGCGGCGGCAGCCUCGCGGCCCGCGGGUCGGGCUGCCCGGGCACAGCCGAGGCCGAGACGGCGCCCGGCACCGUGGACGAGGCGGCGGCGCCCGGCCCCCGCGGGAACUCGCCCGGAGCUCCGGGGGCGGCGGCGCAGGGGGGCGCAGGGACAGCCCCGCAGGGCGCGGCGGGGGCCGCCAAGCCCAAGCGCAAGCGCACGGGCUCCGACUCCAAGUCGGGGAAGCCGCGGCGCGCGCGCACCGCCUUCACCUACGAGCAGCUCGUGGCGCUGGAGAACAAGUUCAAGGCGACGCGCUACCUGUCGGUGUGCGAGCGCCUCAACCUGGCGCUGUCGCUGAGCCUCACCGAGACGCAGGUGAAGAUCUGGUUCCAGAACCGCCGCACCAAGUGGAAGAAGCAGAACCCGGGCGCCGACACGAGCGCCCCGACCGGCGGCGGCGGGGGACCCGGGCCGGGCGCGGGGCCGGGCGCGGGGCUGCCUGGCGGCCUCAGCCCGCUCAGCCCGUCGCCGCCCAUGGGCGCGCCGCUCGCCAUGCACGGGCCGGCGGGGUACCCGGCGCACGGCCCCGGCGGCCUGGUGUGCGCCGCGCAGCUGCCCUUCCUGUCGAGCCCGGCCGUGCUCUCGCCCUUCGUGCUGGGCUCGCAGACCUACGGCGCGCCCGCCUUCUACGCGCCGCACCUCUGAGCGCCCCGCCGGCGUGGGGCCCGUUCGCCGACGGGACAGCCGCUGCCCCGGAAGAAUUUGAGUUCAUGAGGACGCUCGGGCCGGCGGGCCGCGAAGCACU